AUGAAGUGUACCGCCCUCUUGAGCCUGCUGGCCCUGGCGGGGCUGUCUGCCGGGUGUGGCCAUGAUCAUGACGACAAGGAAUGGACCCAGGAGGAGUUGGCCGAGCUCCAGGCGAAAUGGGGUAACGAGUGGUCCUUCAACGGCAUCGGCACCUUCGCCCACCUCAACCACGUCAAGUGCCUCACCGAGCCCACCGAGCCCUUCGACAUCGCCAUCGUCGGCGCGCCCUUCGACACGGCCGUGACGUACCGCCCGGGAGCCCGCUUCGGCCCGCGCGCCAUCCGCCAGGCUUCGGCCCGCCAGACGUCGUUCCGCGGCUUCAACCCCCGCGCCGGCAUCAACCCGUACCAGAACUGGGCCAAGGUCGUCGACUGCGGCGACAUCCCCAUCACCCCGAUCGACAACAACAUCGCCCGCGAGCAGAUGACCCAGGCCCUCAAGCAGCUCGGCCGGAGGAGGACCGUCAGCGCCCUCGCCCCCAAGCCCAAGCUCAUGACCCUCGGUGGCGACCACAGCUUGACCCUUCCUGCGCUGCGCGCCCUGACCGAGGUCUACGGCAAGCCGAUCCAGGUCCUCCACUUCGAUGCUCACCUCGACACCUGGAACCCCGCCGCCUACCCCUCGUACUGGGGCGAAACCCACUUCACCCACGGCUCCAUGUUCUGGAUGGCCAACCAGGAGGGCCUCCUCUCCAACUCGUCCUCUGAGCCCUCCGUCCACGCUGGUCUGCGCACCCGCCUGAGCGGCACCGACUGGGCCGACAACAUCGACGACACCGCCCAGAACUGGAUCCGCUUCCCCGCCGACGAGAUCGACGAUAUUGGUGUCAAGGGCAUCAUCAAGGGCAUCAUGUCCGCGCUCGGCACUGAGAACCCUGUUUACCUGUCCGUCGAUAUUGACGUCCUCGACCCGGCCUUUGCUCCCGGUACCGGCACCCCCGAGCCCGGCGGCUGGACCACUCGCGAGUUCAUUCGCAUCCUGCGCGGUAUCGAGGGACUGAACCUCGUUGGCGCCGACGUCGUCGAGGUGUCCCCUGCGUACCAGGGCAAUGGAGAGGAGACGUCGCUGGCUGCCGCGCAGGUCGUGUAUGAGCUGAUCACCUCCAUGGUCAAGCGCGGACAGCAGGAUAUGGGCAAGGAGGGGGAUUCAGGCCACGGUGACGCCAAGGAUGAGCUGUAA